GUCACCUGCAAAUCGAGGCAAGUGUGCGAGAGACAGGGAAGCUGCGCGAAGUCUGCCUGCUUUUGGCUCGAUUUCUUCCGUUCUUCUUAAUUUUUCCGUCUAUUACUGGUUUAGUUCAGUAUUUACCAUGCCACGGAGAUCCCAGUCUACAGACCGCUCAGCGGCCCCGGUUGGUCGUCGUAGCGCCAGGCUAGCCACCCAACCCAAGGUGGACAUGUCAGAGGUCCCGACUCGCGGCCGAAGGUCGUCCCCUCCUCCUCCCAAAAAGACGAGCCCCAGCAAGACGAGAGGUCGACCCAGGUCGCAACCUGCCGCUGCACCAGAGAAGAAGACAACAGGAAGGGGGCGUAAGCGAAAAGCAGAAGAACAACCUGAGGAAGAGCCAGAAACAAAGGUAUCCAAAGAUGAUGAAGCUGAUGGGGAUGAUGCUGAGAUGACGGAGGAACCUGAAGAGGUCGAGGAGAAGGAAACAGCACAGGAGAAGGAGGAAGAGGAGGCUCCAUCGGAGGAGACGGCUGCUCCAAAAGAACAGAAGGAAGAGGAGAAGAUGGAUGAUGGUGUCGUCGGACCUCAGGGGGAUGGAGAGAGGAAAGAAGCAGUUCCUCAGGAAGAAGAGAGUGUAGAAAUGGCACCACCAACACCUCCAAAUGAAACAGCUCCGGAAGCAGUCGCAGAACCACCAGUAGAAAUGGAAGAGCCAGUAGAAAAGGCUGUAGAGCUUCCUGUAGAACCAGCUUCGGAAGCAGUAUCACCAGCACCAGAGCAGGUAGAAGAAUCUGUAGAACCAGCCAUGGAAUCAGAGCCUAUACAAGAAGAUGUCCCAGAGGUUGUUCAAGAGGUUGCUUCAGAAGAUGUUCCUGAUGUUGUGCCAGAGGUUGUUCCCAGUGUUGCUCCAGAAGUUGUUCCCGAUGUUGCACCAGAGGCUGCAGUAGAAUCGACACUUGUUGAGCCAGUAGAACCUGUUUCGGUUGAGCAAUCAGUGCUGGCGGAUGAGGAGAGGUUAGAAGCCGUUACUGAGGUUGAUUCCCAGGUGUCGUUACCAGAGGUGUCUCAGCCAGUUGAAGAAGUAGCGCAAGUCUCAAUGCCACAGGAGCAAGCGGUACCUGCUCCUGAAGCCACAGUCCAAGAAUCUGAAAUUGUCCCAAAUGCCCCCGAAUCCAUGCAAUCUGAAAUACCUAAUAUUGCUUCACAAAGAGACUCUUAUCCAGAGGCCCAAGUUGCUACCCUCGGGCAGCUUACAGAAUCUUUGAUUCCAGAAGCUGAGCCUGAAGCUACCUCUAUGGACGUUGAUGAAAUUGCUAUGGAAGUUCAGGACAGUGUUGUUGAAAACCGUGGGGCAUUGGAGCAGGUACUUACUGCUCCUGAAUCUGAGUUCCAGGCUCCUUGUAUUCCUGAUUCUGUUGAGCCAUCAGAGCCACAGGUCAUUCAACCAGUCAUUCCUGAAAUACAAUCCUAUAGUGAACCUGCUACACAAGAACAAUCGUCAGAGGCAGCUGUAGAGGUCCUGCAGCAGUCAACUGAUAACAUACCUACCCCUGCCGGUGAACAGCAACCCGAACCCAUGCACAUCCCCGAGAUCCAUGUCUCAGAACCCCAUUCUGAAACCGCACAGAUACCCUCAGAGUCGCAGGCAGUACCGAGCCAGCAGCCGGAGGCACCGAUGUAUGACGCCCCAGAUGCAGUUGCAGAACCAACAGAAUCUACCACUGAACCUGCAGUACCUGCAGAGUCCAUGUCUGGUGAGGUUGAUUGAUUGUGUCUGGCUUGCUUUUUUUUUCCAAUUCAUGUAUCAAUUAUGUUGUACAAGUAUUCAAAUUCGCCCUUGGCUCUUUCCUUACUUUUCUUUUUCUUAGAGAAUUGGUCAACUUGGUACUGGUCGUGACCUUAACCCAGUUUCCCAGUUUCUUGUGUCUCUGUCCACUUAAACUAAUCUUCUUUCAGGAUACAAUUACACUUGUGCUUUUAGAUGGGACUCGACCAACAUUUUUUUUCUUCCUGGCAUGAUUCCCUUUUUCAUUGAAUGUCAUACUCUCUAUUUGUAUCCUUUAUUGCCAAAUUUCUUUUUUUAUCUUUUUGUAAGGAUAGAAAUUCGAAAUUUUCCCAUAUUUUAAAGUUCUUGGCACAGCCAUUGUUUCUAAAUUUUGAAGUCAAUCAGAUUUGGAAAUGAAAAAUAUUGUUUUCAGAUUGGAGUGCAAAGUACCCAGGACUGCUGGCUUUUGUAGUAUACCGGUAAUAUGUAUAUGUAUACACAAACACACUUCAAUGAAAAAGAGACAAAUAUUGAUGGGAAAAAAUAACCCUGAAGAAUUUUAAUGUUUUAUAACAAAGUAUGAAAAAACCUCCCUUCCCAAAGUUUCCUCUCUUUUUAUACUUGCUUCAAAAUUUGUGUUUUUCCUAAGAAGUUUAAAAUCUCAAAAUCUACUUUCUUCGAUAAUUGGUCAUUUCUGCACAAGUUGUCUGUAUCCCUAUCUUUUUUUCUAACUCUUCAUCCAGUUUUAGUUGGUAGUGGAUAGUGCAUGUUAGAUCUUGACUAACCUUAGUGCAGUUUGUUUUUUACAUCGCAUUAACCAUUAAAGAGAAAUUCCAGUAAUUGCAGUAAACACUGAUUUCAUCAGAAAGUCUGUAAAACCAGGCUUAAUUGUCAGUAUAUCAUCGAGGAUCUAGAUCUGGUACAGUUACAUGAACUGAACUUUGUGAAAUCUUAAAAUCUACGCUGAAAAAUGUUCACACUGAAGAUCGCCAACACAGAUAGGCACACGUGGGACAGUGUAUUAUUAUUGCUGGAAUAAAGACCCGACGGAAGUGACCGAAUCCGCGCUUAUUUUGCUUAUUUCUCAGCAAUAACACAAUUUCUUCCAGAAUCCUUUGGCACAUAUUUUUUAUUCAUACAAACAGACACUUGGGUGGUCAUUAUAUUAGAUUCUGUAAAAAGUCAUUUUGAGAUCGUUACCAAAACUGGAAUUUAUCUUUAACAGAUAGCAGGUUCAAUCAUAUUAUCUGCCAGUGAUUGUUACCAUGUACAAGCUCAGCAAAGUCAUAUUUUUUUGGUUGAAGGGCAAGUCCACUCCAACCAAACGUUUAUUUGAUUAAAAAGAGACAAAUCAAACAAGUUUACACUGUAACUUUCAUCAAAAUCAGAUAUCAAGUAACUUACAAUAUUUUGAUGAGAUGAUCGGAAGAAAUAGAACAGGUAUGUUUAAUAAACUCUUAUCAUCUUCAUGAUGAAUCUUC